GCGUGUCCCCGCGGUCGGCCGUGCCGUGGGGGGGCCAUGGCGUGGUCCCGGUACCAGCUGGGCCUGGCCGCGCUCAUGCUCCUCACCGGCUCCAUCAACACCCUGGCGGCCAAGUGGGCUGACAACUUCAGCGCCGGCUGCGAUGGGAAAGAGGAGCACAAAUUCCAGCACCCCUUCCUGCAGGCCGCCGGGAUGUUCCUGGGGGAAUUCUCCUGCCUCCCGGUGUUCUACCUGCUGCGCCUGCGGGAUCGGCGCCGCGCGCAUCGGGAUCGGGAUCGGGAUCGGGAUCGGGAUCCAGCCCCGGCCCCGGCCCCAUCCCGACUCAACGCCCUGCUGUUCCUGCCUCCCGCCCUGUGCGACAUGGCCGGCACCAGCAUCAUGUACGUGGCUUUGAACAUGACCAGCGCCUCCAGCUUCCAGAUGCUCCGGGGCUCCCUCAUCAUCUUCACGGGGCUGCUCUCGGUGGCGUUCCUGGGCCGGCGGCUGGAGUGGAGCCACUGGGCGGGAAUCCUGCUCACCAUCCUGGGGCUGGCGCUGGUGGGGUUGGCGGAUCUGCGCGGGAACCCCGGCGGCACCGGGCGCGGGCUGGCCGACGUCAUCACCGGUGACCUCCUGAUCCUGCUGGCCCAGGCCAUCGUGUCCAUCCAGAUGGUGCUGGAGGAGAAAUUCAUCUUCAGCCACGACGUGCACCCGCUGCGCGCCGUGGGCACCGAAGGUCUUUUCGGCUUCUCCAUCCUGGCGCUGCUGCUGGUGCCGCUGUCCUUCAUCCCGGCGGGGCGGCUCUCGGGGAACCCCCGCGGCGUCCUGGAGGAUCCCGCGGACGCCUGGUGCCAGAUCCGCCGGGAGCCCCUGAUCCUGGCGGCGCUGCUGGGCAACAUCGGGAGCAUCUCCUUCUUCAACUUCGCGGGGAUCAGCGUGACGCGGGAGCUGAGCGCGACCACGCGCACGGUGCUGGACAGCCUGCGCACGCUGCUGGUCUGGGCGCUCAGCCUGGCGCUGCGCUGGGAGCGCUUCCACGCCCUCCAGAUCCCGGGAUUCGCCCUGCUCCUGGCCGGGGCCGCGCUCUACAACGGCCUGCACCGCGCGCUGCGGGGCGCCCGGGAUACCGGGAAUGCCGGGAGUGACCCACAGGAGAGGGAAGCGCUGCUGGGAGGGGAUGGAGAUGGCGGCAACAUCCAGGGAUGAGCGGGUGUUCCUUGGGAUUGGCAUCCCGGGGAUUGGGAUUGGGAAUUGGCCCUGCAGGGAAUGUCGGCUGUGCCGGCUCUUCCUGGUGGGAUAUGGAACCAGAUUUGGCUCUCCUGGAGCCUCUACUCCAUUUGUAGGGAUUGGGGUGGGAUUAGGACUGGAUUGGGAUUGGAAUUGGGGUUUGGAUUGGGAUUGGGAAUGGGAUUGGGAAUUGUCCCUGCAGGGAAUGUCAGCCAGGGGUGAAGAGGCUGUGCCGGCUCUUCCCAGUGGGAUACAGACCCUGAGACGGCUCUCAUGGAGCCUCUGCCCCAUUCCCAGGGGAUUGGGAUUGGGAUGGGAUUGGGAUUGAGAUUGGGUUUGAGGCUGGAAUUGGAGUGGUUUGGGGCUGGAGCCACCCAUUUCCCAGCCCAUGUUCCCAAUAAAGCCACUCUGCCCAUUCCAUGGGGAUCUCUGGUGGGGAUCCUGCAGAAAUUUGGGAAUUCUCAGGGGUGGCAGAGGACAGGGACUGUCCCCCAGGCUGUCCCAGCAGGAAUUGUCUCUGGGAACGUUCCCAGGGGUUGGGACUGGGAAUUGGCCCUGCAGGAAAUGUCGGUUGUGCCGGCUCUUCCCAGUGGGAUACGGAACCAGAGUUGGCGCUCCUGGAGCUUCUACCCCAUUCCCAAGGGAUUGGGGUGGAAUUAGGACUGGAUUGGGAUUGGGAUUUGGAUUGGGAUUGGGAAUUGUCCCUGCAGGGAAUGUCAGCCAGGGGCAGAGAGGCUGUGCUGACUCUUCCCAGUGGGAUACAGACCCAGAGCUGGUGCUCCCAGAGCUUCUGCCCCAUUCCCAGGGGAUUGGGACUGGAUUUGGAUCGGGAUGAGUUUGGAGCUGGAUUGGGAUUGGGAUUCAUGUGGGUUUGGGGCUGGAUCCACUCCCUUCCCAACCCAGGUUCCCAAUAAAGCCCCUCUGCCCAUUCCGUGGGGAUCUCUGGUGGGGAUCCUGUGGAAAUUUAGGAAUUCUCAGGGGUGGCAAAGGACAGAGACUGUCCCAGCAGGAUUUGCCUUUGGGAAUAUUCCCAAGGAUUGGGAUUGGGAAUUGUUCGCGCAGGGAACGUCAGCCAGGGGUGGAGAGGCUGUGCCGGCUCUUCCCGUUGGGAUACAGACCCUGAGACGGCUCUCAUGGAGCCUCUGUCCCAUUCCC